CACACGCAUAUACCCUCCAAAACUUCCAAUUUGCUUUAAAAUGUCAAACCAAAACCCCUCCUCAGAGUUCAUGGCUGAUGUAGCCAACGACUCCAACCCCUCCACAUCAACGAAGAUAAAAGAAGCGCUCAAAAAACCCUUCCGCAACGACAGCACAGAAGAGGCCAAGGGGCACGGGCCGCUGGAAAAGACGGACGGCCAUGGACAUGUUGCGGGCACGAAUGUGGAGGUGCGGGCGGAGACGACGAUGGAUCGGAUUAGUAAUGUGACGAGGACGUGAGGGGGGUAGGGAGGUGGGAAGAUAGAGAUAGAGAUAGGGAUAGGUGGGAGGUGAACGAGAGUAGACUAAUGACCAAGGUUGGAAUGAUUCGUAGGCGCUAAAAACACCGCUAUGUGAAGAGAGUGUGGAGACAAGAGUAUGAGACGUGUCGGGAGCGACAGACCAUGGGUCGAUCCAAGGAGACCGACAUGUAUAACCCGCAAUGACAUGAACCCGGACUUCCUUGCUGGCAAUUUAUUCGCAUCCACCACCAUGCUCACUCCACGUUACAUCAUUUCUUACCUCUUCUUCUCCCUCACACCGCCAACGUCCAACCCCGCCCUAGCCUCAGCAUCCUCGCGACUAACGACUUUGUGCGCACCACUCCAGAUCCCACACCUCCGCUUGAUCAUCUUCCACGUCUCGAUGGC